AUGUCAGAAAUUAACGGUAAGGUUGCCAUAAUAACUGGAGGUGCUGAUGGUAUUGGAGAGGCCUUGGCCGACGACUUCUUAAACCGUCAAGCAAAGGGAGUUUAUAUUAUCGACAUCAACGAGAAGAAGGGACAAGAAACGUUAAAUACUCUUAAAAAUAAGCACGGCGCUGGACGAAUUCAAUUCCGAAAAUGUGACGUCAGAUACACAGAUUUACUUGAAGCUGCUUUCAAAGACUGUAUGGACCAGUAUGGUCAAUUGGAUGUCGUUUGUAACAAUGCAGGUAUUUUCAACGAAUAUACACGCAAACUGACGAUAGAUGUCAACUUGGCUGCUGUCAUAGAAGGGACAUACCUUGCCGUGAAAUACAUGGGAACACAGAAUGGAGGAAAAGGAGGCGUUGUAGUCAAUACUGCGUCAAUAUAUGGUUUGUGUCCACAGAAGUUAUCCACCGUAUAUGCUGCAAGCAAGCAUGGAGUUGUUGGAUUCACACGAAGUGUGGCGUUUGAGCCAGACGUGGUAAGCAAUGGUGUUCGUGUUGUUGCUAUAUGUCCGGAUGCUGUUGACACAACACUGGUUCCUAUUGCCUCGGAGAUAGGGGUGAAGUACACAAAGGAAAUAAAACAAUUUACAGCAGGCAGGCCACUGCUAAAGUUAAAUGACGUCACAUCAACAGUGGUACACCUUAUUGAAGACGGUAGUGCGAAUGGAACAACCAGACUAAUAAGAGUCGGUCUUGCGUGUGGGAGGGGUACACUUAUUAAUAACCUUAUUUAUGAUCCUGUCAAACCGGUUCAAAUUACUUAUCUCUAA